GUGAUUUGACGUUUCACCUUCAACUAGUUUUGACAUAUUUCAUAUAAUUGUGCUUUAUUUACAUUAAACAAAACUGUCGUGGACAAAUAGGAUCAUUUGAUUUUCAAAACUAUUUGAUAUUUACACAACAAGGAAUAAGAAUGGUAGAUCCGAAUUUCAUAGAAGUUAAUGAAAUAACCGGGUAUUGGUCGUAUUUGGCAAGUAUUGACUGGAACGAUCCGUGGCUGAUUGGACUCAUAGCAUUGCAUAUUCUUACAACGGUGACAACACUGAUGACAAGGAACUCCACAAAUUUUCAAAUAUUUUUAUUUUUAAUACUAUUAUCUGCUGCCUACUGCUCGGAAAGCAUUAAUGAAUUUGCGGCAGCUAGAUGGAAAAGCUUCUCCAAACAGCAGUACUUUGAUAGUAAUGGGCUUUUCAUUUCGACAGUAUUCUCAAUACCGAUAUUACUGAACUGUAUGCUAAUAAUUGGUGCUUGGAUGUACAAUUCGCUGCAAAUUAUGGUUACACUGAAAAGAGCACAGCUUCUGCAGCAAGCGAAGCGAGAUCAACAAGAAAAAAAGUUACAGUCUGCCAAAGAAGUUGCUACAGAGCAUGUAAAAUCUGAAUAAAUUAUUUGAAAAAUAAGUAAUUAUAAAAUGUCUUAUAAUUAUUGUAAACUUAUUUGCACGAGUAGUAUUUAAGUUUAGUUUGACAAGUUUUGUUGAAAUCUUUUUAAAAAUUUAAAUGAACAAUGUAAAAAUAGUUGUAUUUCUUAUAU